AUGUGGCCCCGGCCCCGCGCGCCCUGGCGCUGGGCGCUGGCCCUGCUGGCCCUGGGCGGCGCGGGGCUGUGCCACGCCGGCCCGCAGCCCCGGCCCCCCGCGCGGCCCGGCGCCAGGAACAAGAACUGGUGCGCCUACAUCGUGAACAGGAACGUGACCUGCUCCGUGCAGGAGGGCAGCGAGAGCUUCAUCCAGGCUCAGUACAACUGCCCCUGGAGCCAGGCGCCCUGCCCGUCCGCGCUCGUCUACCGCGUGAACUUCCGGCCCCGGUUCGUCACCAAGUACAAGAUGGUGACCCAGCUGGAAUGGAGGUGCUGCCCGGGCUUCCGAGGCGCAGACUGCCAGGAAGGCCCCCGAGACACCGGGAAGGCCCCGCGCCCCACGCCCGCCCGGCCCCGGAGCAGCCUGAAGAAGCCCACAGACAAUGAGCCAAGCCAGGUCUCAGAGCCCAAGAAAACCUUGUCACCGACUAGUGCAUCGAAACCAAAUCGGGCAGUAGAUCCAGAACUGGGUCCCCAAGAACUUCAGGACAAGAAAAUCCAGGUGCUCGAGGAGAAGGUGCUCCGGCUCACACGGACGGUUCUUGACCUCCAGUCUUCCAUCGCUGGAGUGAAUGAGAACAUCAAGCAUACCAUUCAGGACGACGCCAGCAAGAUGCUGGCCUCGUGGCUCAAUAACCAGCACCCCCAGCCAGUGCCCGACAGCGCCACGGUUGGUAGAGACACUGAAACGGCCCAGCUUCCUGGCGCCCUCAACAAAAAGGAAUCCGGCAUGAAGGACAUCAAAUCCGAGUUGGCCGAAGUCAAGGAUGCUCUGAAGACCAAGAGUGACAAGCUGGAGGAGCUGGACGGCAAAGUGAAGGGUUACGAAGGGCAGCUCAAACAGCUCCAGGAGGCCGCCCAGGGCCCUACGGUGACCAUGACGACCAAUGAGCUCUACCAAGCCUACGUGGACAGUAAGAUCGAGGCGCUGAGAGAGGAGCUCAUGGAGGGCAUGGACAGGAAGCUGGCCGACCUGAAGAACUCCUGUGAGUACAAGCUGAUCGGUGUGCAGCAGCCGUGCGAUGACUAUGGGAGCAGCUACCUGGGUGUGAUCGAGCUGAUAGGGGAGAAGGAAACCAACCUGAAAAAAGAAAUAAACGACCUUCGAGCCCGGAUACAGGAUCCUGCAGCCCGGCCAGAUUGCUGCGAUGGUGAAAAGACCGGUGACUUGGGGCAGCAGAUCAAGGCGUUAGACCAGAAAAUUGAAAGAGUUGCGGAAGCCGCCAGGAUGCUAAACGGGCGCCUGGACAAUGAGUUCGACCGGCUCCAAGUUCCAGAGCCGGAUGUGGACUUCGAUGCAAGAUGGAACGAGUUAGACGCGAGGAUCAACGUGACGGAGAAGAACGCGGAAGAACAUUGCUUUUACAUCGAGGAAACCCUCCGGGGGACCAUUGCUGGAGAGGUCGAUGACCUGAAGCAACUGCUGGGCCAGAAAAUACAGUCCCUGGAAGAGCGUCUGGGGAGCCUGCUCCUAGAGAUGACCAACCACACGGAAGCAGAGCCCACUCCCCCGGCACCAGCCCUCCCACCAGGCGGGCCCGGGGCGGGGCAUGACCAGGUCAUGGUGGAGUUAAACCACUUAAGGAAGAAAGUUCAAGCUGUGGAGGACAUUUGCCUGCAGGGAGAGCUUCAUGGGAUAGAAGACGCUUUGCCACAUGGAGAAGACCACGCUGUGGGUGACAGUGUGAGCCUUUUGAGGUCUCUAAAUGACACGAUGCACAGGAAAUUUCAAGAAACUGAGCGUAGCAUCCAGAGACUUCAACAGGAUUUUAGUUUUCUUUAUUCUCAACUCAACCACACAGAAGAGGAUAUGGAUCAUCUCCAGAAUGAGCUGAUCAAGUGUAGGGACGGUGAAGACGCCGGCGGGGACGGGUUUCCUAAGGGGGGCGAGCGAGAAAGGACGGCGGAGCCCGUCCCCACUCCCCAGGACGCCGCGGCUCCUUGCUGCGGCCAGCUGGAGGAGCGAUGGCAGAGGCUGCAGGGCCAGGUGCUCGCCGAGCUGGACACUUGUAAGGAAAACACGCACGGGGUCCAGAGGGACGUGUCGGUGGUGGAGGACAGGGUGUCUCAGAUGGAGAAAACGUGCAGCAAACUGGACUCCAUCUCGGGAAGUCUUCAGAGGAUCAAGGAAGGCCUCAACAAGCACGUCAGCGGCCUGUGGAGCUGUGUCAGGCAGAUGAACGGGACCCUCCGAUCCCACUCCAGAGACAUCUCUGGCCUGAAGAAUUCCGUGCAGCAGUUCUACAGCCACGUUUUCCAGAUUUCCACCGACUUGCAAGAUCUGAUCAAAUUUCAGCCGUCACCAGGGGAGGCCCCGCCGGCCUCCGAGAAGCCCCCGCCGCGGGCAGAGGCCCCCACGGAGCCGUCGCUUCCGGAGCUGACGCCCCCGCCCCCGCCGCCGAGGCCCAGCGCGCCCCCGCCUCCCGAGCACCCUGGACAACGGCCCGUUCUGCCCCAGAGACCCCAAAAGCCGCUGCCCUGGCCGGCGUGGCCCGGCUGGCUGGGCCUGCCCUCCUUGCCCGGCUCCACGGGGGUCAUGAUGGAGACGGGAGAGGCUGGGCCUCCGGGGAGGACGGGCGUGUCAGGGAGAGGCCUGAAUGGCCAGGCGGGGCAGGCGCCCGUCCCCAGCACCGAAGGCUUCGCGGGAGCUCCAGGAUACCCCAAGUCACCGCCUGCAGCCUCCCCAGGGGUUCCAGCGCCCUUCCUGGUGUCUUUCUCCGUGGGGCUCACCCAGAAGCCUUUCCCCAGCCACGGGGGUGUUGUCCUCUUUAACAAAGUGCUGGUCAACGACGGGGACGUGUACGACCCCAGCACCGGGAUCUUCACGGCUCCGUUCGAUGGGCGCUACCUCAUCACGGCCACGCUCACUCCCGAGAGGGACACGUACGUGGAAGCGGUCCUGUCGGUGUCCAACGCCAGCGUGGCGCAGCUGCACACAGCUGGCUACCGCAGAGAAUUCCUGGAACACCACCGGCCCCAGGGGGCCCUGCACACCUGUGGCGGCCCCGGGGCGUUCCACCUCAUCGUGCACCUCAAGGCGGGAGAUGGCGUCAACAUCGUGGUGACUGGGGGCAGGCUGGCUCACACGGACUUUGACGAAAUGUACUCCACGUUUAGUGGGUUUUUCUUAUAUCCUUUCCAGUCCCACCUUUAG